CCUGAAGCAAGGAGGCACAAGGCCACCGCCGAGCGCUGGAACAGCACCCCACACGCCCGACGCUACACGCCAGACGCUGCACGGGCGCUGGAACGUUAUCUGAACGCGCGCUGCACGCGUUCCUGUGACGUCUGCCGCCGUGCGCCGCAAACAGGUGUACUGUGCUCUGCCGCUCUCACUGCGAGAAAAACGCCGCGGCGCACGCCCCGUGUACCGACGCGACGUCAGCGCGUCCUCGGCACCUGCGCGGACGCCCUGCCACGCUUUAGAGUACAGCCCGUGCGCCCAAGGCCACACCAGGCGUGACGCGGUAACAUGGGAGCAAACGAAUGGGCAAAACGCCUAGGAAUAAACGACGCCGCAUCCUUAGAAACCUUCAAGCAAAAAUUCAGCCAGCUCGAGGACGCCGCCAAGGAGUGCCCCGUGCCGCCCAAGGACGGCAGUCGCUGCGCGCUGUGCCGAAGGAAAGUGAUGCUCGACACGCGGUUCAAGGAGCUGUGCAACGGCCUGUGUAGUGCGGGAGGGUCGACGAAAUCGACAAAAAAGACGAUCAACGCCGUGAACAGCGCGUCGAAGAUCCUCGAAAUUUAUAGAAGUCUGCCGGCGGCCGGCGCCGGCGCGGCGCCGCUGCGAAAUAUUGAUGAAUCCGACGGGGGCAUCGUCGGUUUGUCGAAGCUCGGCCGCGACGACUCGGAGUCGAACUUCCAGAUUUUAUGUAGAUCGGAGCAGUGCCAGCGCGCGUGCCCGGAGGGCGGUUUUUGUUCGAGACGGUGCGAGAGCGGCGAGGCGGACCGCGUCGCGACCGUCGCGAAGAUGGUCCUGGCGGGCAACGACGCCAAGCGGUCGACGAGCGCGCCGGCGCGGCGAAAAACGCAGACCGCUUCAUUGGCAUCGAUGAUGGAAAAUCUAGCCAAGCCGCCGGCGCCGCGGAAGAGUUCGUCGGCGGACGAAUCCUCGUCGUCGAAGGCCGACGAAGAGGCGUUGCGCAAGUUCGUGGUAGACGUCGUCGGCGAAAAAUACUGGCCCGUCUUCGAGCGCGAGGAGAUCGAAGAUUUGAAGACGUUGAAGUGCUGCACUGCGCGGGACCUGCAGGACAUGAAGAUACCGCUCGGUCCGCGCCUUAAACUACUGAGCAACCUCGAAGGGCUUGCUGCGUAAGAGUG